CGUCGUACGCGAGCAGGAGCAGCCGAGACAGGGAUAGAGACAGGGAUAGAGACAGAGAUAGAGACAGAGAUAGAGAUAGAGAGCGGGAAAGGGACAGGGACACCAGAGAGCGCAAGCACCGCUCGCAGGACACCUACCCCAGCAUGCGCUCGCGCGACUACGCGUACAGGCCCAUGACGGUGCCUCCCCCCGGAGCCGAGGCGAAACCAGGGCCAGGGCGGGGAAUGUCCAUGCCCAUGCCUGUUCCUCAGCAAUACCAGCAACAGCAGCAGGCACCUCGACGCGCGCCAACGCUCGCUGCGGACGUGAUGUCCCCGACGUCGACGCACAUCUCGCAGUACGAUCUCGUAAGCGCGCCUGGGACUGGGUCGCAGGGGCGCAGACCGAGCGUGACGAUGCGGUCUGAUUGGGGACCUGAUCGCUCGCAUACGGCGAGUGUCUUGGAUAGCUUGAUGAGCUCGCGGGGUAAGACGCCGCGUAGCGAUCGCGAGCGGGAGAAGGAAAGGGAAAGGGAGAGCGAGCGGAUGCGGGAGUCGAGGCAGGCGGACUCGCUCGUGGAGAACUGGAGAGUGGAUCCGGAUGUGGUGUCGACUACGACGCCGGCGUCGUUAUAUCAACCAUCUCUUGCACAGUACUCGUCUGAAGCACCCCAUGUUCAGCAGUAUGCUUCGCAGCCUCACCAAGGCCAAGAACAAUCUUAUCCACCUGCACCUCGUGCGCAAGACACUCCAUACCAGCAACAGACAUACGCGUCAGCGAGCACUUCAAGUCGUCAGACUGCGCCCAUGCCCCCGUAUCCGUCAGGCCCCCCACGUCCACGGCAGGUCGUCAUGCCAGAGCCGCUGGCCAACCGAACUAUGAGCACGGACAACGUGCCCCCGUCGGCUCGGCCGCCACUCCCACCGAUAGCCAUCCCGCAGAAGAAGCGCUCGCCGCUUGACUACUUCAGAAAGAAGAGGCCACGCAUGCCGUCAAUGAACAGUGUCCCGAACAUCAUCGUCGAAUCUCCGUCCGAGUCAGCGUCAAGCAAUACAGGUGAAACACAGCAGCCCGAGCUGCUCACUCCCGAAUCCGCGCACAAUCAUGCACCACUGCCCUCCGUGGAGCGCCUCGAGACCGAACCCGCACAGACGCGCGAGCCAUCGCCCAACCCGUCGCCACUCUCGGGAGUCCCACAGCUUCCGUCAGGCUUUGACACAUUUGACCAGCGUCAACAACAACCUCCAUCGCAUGCGCAGGCUCAGAAGCAGCCGUACCCUCCCUCACGGACUCAAAUCCAGACGCAGCCUCAAUCCCAAUCUCAAGAUCCCAAUCAGACCCAGCUCAUGCGCCCUCCCACGCGCUCUAGCAGCCGUGCAUCCGGCAGACAGCAUCGGUCGUACGCGUACGAAAGCGCGCCUAUGCCGUCUGGCGUUAUGUACCCUGGGCCGCCGAGCCGUCAGAUGCCGACACAGAAGGGCGGUGGCAAGGGCGAUAAAGGCGGGCUAGCGGUUGACCCUCCCAGACACCCGACGCAGAGCGUAUCGCCUGCGCCGCUCAACCGCCCGAUUUCGUUGUUCAACGAGCCUUGAGUUCAGGGUUCCAUUCAUCUUUGUCUCAGAGCGUUUCUGGCUAAACGUCUCUCCAUCGACUUCGUUUCAUUCAUAUAUGCAUUUACUUUCCACCCUUCCUUUUCUCUAUGCAUUUAUUGUUCGAUAUGGCGCCGAGUAUGAUUUCAUGCUUCCAUGCUUUCAUCCCAUGUUUCUCCCCUCCAGCGGUCAAUUCAAAAGCAUUCAUUCCCCAGCGUCGGUUGUCCAGGUUUGUGGCUUCUCGCUCCCUCCAUCGCAUAUUUAUCACACAUCCUGUACGGUAUUCCAGUUUCGCACAAAGGACGCUGUUGAAAU